AUGCCGCCUAGCGUUAGGAAGGAGAGGAUGCCGCCAGAACAUCUCAGAAGAAUAAUAAAGGUUUCAAGAGACAUGCAUCCUUCUUUUAUGGGUGCAAUGAGGUAUAUGCCGUAUGCCCUCCACAACCUCAUGAAGUCGAUGCCCAUGCCGUGGGAGUCUGUCAGAUAUGUGGAUGUCCUAUACCAUGUUUCUGGGCUGAUUACUUUUGUGACUGAGAAGAGAAGGGUGGAUGUGGAGAGGCACAGAGCUAGAUGGAGCUAUGCAAGCAAAAGGUUUUCUGAGGAGGCGAAGAGGAGAGGAUUUGUGCGUAUCCUAAGGUAUCCUGUGUUUGACGACGAUGAUCCUGUGGUGGACUAUGGGAGCAUAAUGGGGCUUCCUAUUCCGGCUGCCAUUAAAGAUGAAAAGAAGGAGGAAUGUCCGAGUGUUUUUGAGGAUAUGGAGGAGAGAUAUAUGUUCAACUGCAAGGCAUUCUUGAUAAGUAGGCAUGUAGGGAUGCAGCUUGAGGAUGGGCCCUAUGUCGUAGAAAGUAGCUCUGGAGUGUGUGUGAUGGAGAGAGAGGCGGGGUGUGAAAGAAUAGCCUAUCCCUAUCUCUACAACAAGAGCACAAGGAUACAGGUUUUAGAGAGGGCUUAUCUGGGGCUUAGAGGCUUCCUUGGUGGAGAGGCUAAGGAGAAUAAGGCAAAGCUAAGGGAAAAACACCCUGUGGAUAUUCCAUUGCUAAAGGGACACUGCUUUCAGGAGCGGCUAGACGGGCCCAGGGUUAGGAAUCUCCUUAGAAACUACACAAGGAACAUAGAGAAGAGGGGAAGGAGGAGUCCACCAUCGCGUAUUCUUAAAGAGUUAAAGAAUACAAGAUACUUCCAGAGGACGGAGAUAGAUUGGGUUGAGGCAGGGCUCCAGUUGGUGUAUCAGGGACACAGAAUGCUUAGCGAGAUCUUGAGAAGAAAAAAGCUCAGCUAUCUUAUUCUCGAUUGGAAUUUCAAUCUGAAGCCCAUCAGGCAGCUGACAACAAAGGAGAGAAAGAAGUCGAGGGUUGGGACGUCCUACCAUUUAACAAGGGAGAUGCUCAAGUUUGUCAAGCAUCUUGUAGAUAUCCAUGUUCUGUUCAGGCAAGGAAAUAUAGAUUGCUACGAGCUGAUGGGGAAUGUGGACCAUGUACUUAAUAAUGUUGGGGUUAUUACUGGGAUGUAUCGGUAUAAAUACAAGCUUAUGAAACAGAUCAAGCAGUGCAAGUCAUGGAAGAGGCUUUCUAACUAUGCAGGGAUUGAGGUGUGGGGAGAGCAAUGGAGAACGUGGUGCUUUAUGUUCAGAGGGCACAUUCCUCUGCUCGGAAGAUACAUCUCUGGAUUAGUUACAAGGAUAUCUGAGGGAAGAGAGUACAAUCCAAAGCCUCUAUCUAAGCAGAGAAGUGAAAGUGGAUACGAUGUUGCGCUGAAAAGACAGAUUAUGGAAGAGGUUUCGCCGAUUCUCCAUCACGGGCAGAUAAGGAGACUGCUCCAGCACUUUGGUGAGGCAUGGAGAUGUUGGAAAGCAAAUGUGCCUUACCAUAUUGUGCAUGAGCAUAUUAUGGAGCUAGGCGCAAAAAGGGAUAUGCCUAGGUCACUUGAAAAGAAAGGUAUGGAGGAGACUUUUGAUGGGACACCUGUAGAUUUGGAAAGGGUUAGGUCUACGGUUGAUGUGAUAAGGAGGAGUGAGGGGAAUGCAUCCAUAUCGUUCUCGCGAGGCCUGGUUACAUUUUCAGACAAGUUUGUAUCUGAGUUAGAGACGAUGGGAAAGGAGGUGGGUGUCAAGCAUCAGAAGCAGCUUUUUGAGUUACAGGGGAUAAUAGAUAAGUAUAUUGAUCUGAAGUCUGAGUGGUACAUUGGAAAUGCCACCAACAUGGAGAAAAAGAACAAAAAAGAGGAGAAGAAGCAGCUUGGAAAGAUUACAAGACUUUACAUGAAGGAGAGGAUGGCGGAGCAGAUGGAGUAUCUAAGGCAUCCAUUUCUUAGUCCUUCUGAGGCUGUAGCUAUUUACAGGUUCUCAGCGGAGUACUUCAGGAGCAAGGGGAUAGGAAAGAUAACAUUUCCCGAGAGGAACGAGGAAAGAUUCUUAAGUAUCGCUGUGGAUAGGCUCAAGAAAAAUGCAACGCCGGAGGAGUCUGAGUUUUUUGACAAAGCUUUAGAGGAUUCUGCAAGCACCAUUUUCAGGAUAAAGAAAUCGCUUCUCACACAAAGGUCAUUCAAGGAAGUUGGAGUUGUUCUGAGGAGGUAUGGGGAUGGAGGUGUUGAGUGUUAUGAUGUCUCAUACAUGGAAAGACUUGUGGAUGCGUUUCUCUGUGCAUACUUGUUCUACGAGUCUGACAGACUCAACAUGUUUCCUGAAUUCAUCAAGCCUGGAGAUGAGAUAGACAUAAAGGCACUUAUGGACUUCUGUGAAAAGGUGUCUUCGUUCAAGCCUAGUGAGACUGAACGAUUCAUACUUUAUGAGGGAAGAUAUGAGAGGAUUAUGAGGCUUGUGGACAACAAUCUUCUUUCGAAACUAUUGAAGCUUGUUCUGGAUGCUACUCUGGCGGAUUACAUCAUCAGCAGGAACAACUGCCGGGUGUUUUAUAAGGACAUGGCGUAUACAAACCACAUUGGGUUUAUCGAGGGAUUCCAGCUUUCAGCAUUUGUAUACAAGUUCUAUUCGUUUAUCAUUGACUUGUGUGUACUAGGAGAGGAUGUCUUCAUGGAUGAAAGGAGCAGCAUAAAGAUGUAUUUUAGACACAUGAAUGAUAUUUACAUUUUAUUCAAUCUGAGAAAAGAGGAAGAAGAUGCCUUGCUUGAGGACUAUGGGGCUGGAAGCUCGGGGAUGGAAAAGAUCAUGGAAGGGCAAAGGAACUACUUUGACGAUCUAUCUGGAGGCCUUGAUGAUGAGGAGGAUGCCCCGUUCUUCGGAAACGAAGAGAGGGGAAGGCAUAAGGCUUUGGAAAGAUGUAUACAUGCGGAGGUUGCAACGAGGCUAUUACCGUCCUUGGGAAGGAUCAGAUUCAGAGGAUGCAACUCAUUUCCACGCAUCAGAUUUUCGAUGGCUGGGAUUGAUGUACUUAUCUCAUCUGAUAGAAUCCACGAAAGAGGCUCAUGGAGGUUAGAUAAUGGGAUGUAUGCGAACCUGGCUGUGAAUGAGGAGGGAAUAGGGAUGUUUGAGAGCAACAUAUCGCACAUUGUGAAAACCAGUGGAUCUGCAACCUUUCUCAAGGUGGCAACAAGAUGGAACACACAGAUUCUUGCAUUUGUGGGGUAUUACAGAGAAUGCAUUGAUGACACGAAGGGGCUGGUUGAAAGGCUUCGAAAGGCAGAAGGGCAGAUCCAGAAUAUUGUAAAGAAAGGGAUCAACUCGAAGAUGCCUGUGAGGUUUCCUCCUGUUAUGUUUUAUGCUCCAAAGGAGAUGGGGGGACUUGGGAUGCUAAGUGUUGGAGGGGCAAAGGAUUUUCUCGAAGACCUGAAUGACCCUUCGGGGGAGAAGGACGUGCCAUUGCCUGUGAUUAUGGAUUAUAUUGACAGAUGGGAUUACGAGCUUUCUGAGUCGAAGAGGGUAUGGAUGGAGUAUGGUCGAAAUGGAAAGAUCGAGCCUGAGAAGGGAAUUCCGCGAAUGAGUACACUUCUUCAGAGAAGCAAAUGGCUACUUUAUGACCGUGGGUUUAGGUUGGUAAGCAUGUUUAGGAGGCAUUGGGGCAAGCCCGACUGGUUCUGGUUUACAGACACAAAGCAUGAUGGGAAGCUAUGGAGCAUGGAUAGGUAUGGAGCGGAUUGUCUGAAAGGUCUUGGAGGGGCUGAGGGGAUAUUGAGUCACACAUUGUUUGGAGCGACGUAUUUCAGAAGCUUCAGCAAGGUGUUCUGGGAAGAUAUGAGCGUUGAAGGAAACAAAAGGUUGACAAACGCACAGAGGAUGGGGCUGAGUCAGGUUCCCAAUAGAAGAUUCAUUCUGUGGUGGUCGCCGACUAUCAAUAGAGGAAAUGUGUAUGUUGGAUACCAAGUCCAACUGGAUCAAACGGGGAUAUUGAUGCAUGGCAAGCUGCCUACGCUGAAGGUUUCGUUUAUUCAGAUUUUCCGGAACCAUUUGUGGAAGAGGAUAUACGAGAGUAUUGUUAAGGACUUGUGUGAUGUUUUCAAAAAGCAUUGCGAUGUUAAGAGGCUGGAGGUUCAUGGGAAGAAGAGCUACAGGUUUGGAAGCAGCUGUGCAGAUAUACUUUUAUCUGGAGACUUCUACGUAUACUCUGCAGCAUCUAUUUCUGAAGAAGUUGAUGGGUCUGGAGUAAAAUGUGAUGGACUUUGGAUUGAUGUCCAGCUACGAUGGGGAGACUAUGAUAAGAGGGACCCUCAUAAGUAUGCAAAGACAAGGUAUGCUGAAAGCCUUGUGGACCCGCAGACUCGAUAUCCUGUCCCGAAUGGGUUUGUAGUUGUGCUUGAUUUAUGUUAUAACACAUGGAGUAGCUACGGAAGUCUAAAUGGAGAGCUGAAGGCUGUGCUGAGUAGUUCCAUGGAGAAGAUUAUAGCAGGAAAUGCUAUGCUCCAUGUGCUUCGAGAGAGGCUUAGGAAGGCACUUCAACUGUAUACUUCGGAUAUUGAGACUGUUAACGACAGUGGAGACCUGUUCAACUCUGGGAUCCUUGUUGACACCAGUGCACUGCUCAGGAAAGAGAAGAUGCUGUUUGUGUUUGAUCCGCAUACUGGGAAUUUGUACUUUAAGAGUUACCAUGGAGAGGGCAAGAAGAUUAGGCAGAUAAGGUUACUAGCAGCCAAGGACAUAUUUUUGAUGGGGGAGGAGCUUAACAAAAGAGAUGUUGUUGUGUCUGAGAGCAUGGUGAAUGCAAUGGAGAAUUUUGUUAUAGACCAUCCGUCUAUAUCUAUGAAGACAUGCUCGUCGAUACCGCUGUUUUCGAAUGUGGCAAGGAUCAAGGAGGUUAGGAUGGAGAAGAGUGUCCGAAGCAUUAAUUUGUACGAAGGAUGGAAAGAAACAAGCCGAUUCACAAACUUCUGUAGGGUUCUUUUGGUGAUGCAUGGGAUUGAUGUUGACGAAGCAAGGGUUAGGGAUCUCGGGAUUGACAGUGUGUGGCCUGAGGUCAGCGAUAAGGAAUGGAUAAAGAAAGAGAUUCAAUUGAAGGAUCUCAUAGUUGACAGGUACUGUAGGAUCCAUGAGAUAAAGCCCUCGAGCCUAUCCCAAAACGAGGUAAGAGAUAUAGUGUUUGGGUUCCAGGUGAGCGAGGGGGGAGAAGGAGAUGAAAGGGUCAUAGAUGUAGAGGUCAAAAGCAAGCAAUCGUUCAAGGGACAUGGGAACAUAUCUUUCAUGGGAAAUGAAGGAUGGAGAAAGAGAUACACGAGGUUAGAUGAGAUGGUCAGAAGUGGAGAGCUGUCAAGGUGGACUUCUGAGAUGGUAAUGAGAGGAUCUUACGGGUCUGUGGAUGAUAGCGUGGAUAUGGGAGAAGUUCUAAGGAUUCCGUUGAAUCUGGUCGAAGAGUUUAUAGAGACGAUAGAUCCUCAUACAUUAGUCUUUGGGCUGGUGAUUGAGGAGAAUCCCAUCUGCUUUGGAUUAAUCCCCCAAUUUUCAUCACUAUCUGAGGUCCAUUCCUCAUUGUUUAUUCCUGAUGCCAAUGUUAUGGGAGUAGUGAUAAAUGGAGAUGACUUAGCAGUUGUGGAUACUUUGUUUGAGAGAUACAAGAUAGUGAGUGGGAUAGCAAUACUGAUAGGCAACAAGAUCAGCGUGAUGAGGAGGAAUGAUUGCGGAUGGAGUGAGAUGGGAUUUGUUCUGAGUUCCGAUUUAGGAGUUUUCUAUGCGCCUGAGAUGUGGAACUACAGUUUUGCAAGGCCCUUUUAUGACGAUAGGCUGGAGUAUGCAUGGAAGAUAAGAACACCUCAUAGAUUUUAUGAUGGGGUUUGUAGAGUUGGACACUUCUCGGGGUUCUGGAAGGAGCGUGAAAGUAGAGAGGAGCCAGAGGAGAAUUAA